UGUGCUGCAGGAUGGCACCCAGGGGUCCAACAGCCUCUCCCUUCCGUUGCAGGGCUCGGGAUGGAUUUCCUGACGCUGUUCCUGCUGUACCUGUGCUCCGUGCUGGCCGUGGCUGCCCUGCUGUGCCUGAGCUCGGGAAGGCAGGAGAGCUUCCUCACCAGGAGUGUCACCAGGGCCAGCCAGGUGCUGUCACUGGUGAUCCCCAGCCAGCUGCAGAGGGUGGCACAGCGGGCACUGCACAGGCUCUUCCACACAAGGAGCUGUUUGUUUGUGGUGCUGCACGUGGCCCUGCAGGCUGCAGUGUUUGGGGAGUACACCUGGGAGGUGUUUGUGUACUGCUGGGAGCUGCAGUUCCACCUGCUGCUGCUGCUGCUGCCCUACCUGCUGCUGGCUGGCAACCUGGGCUGCCUCCUGCUCUGCUCCCGGGCCAACCCUGGUACAGUGACCAAAUCCAACGCUGCAUCCCUGGCUAAGGUUUAUGCCUACGAUGGGGUGUUGUUCCAGAGAGGCCUCGUGUGUCCCACGUGCACCCUGGAGAAACCAGCCAGGUCCAAGCACUGCAGCGUGUGCAGGACGUGCGUGCACCGCUUCGACCACCACUGCGUGUGGGUGAACAACUGCAUCGGGGCUGGCAACGCGGGGCUGUUCCUGCUCUACCUGCUGUCCCUGACGGCCACCGCGGCCGCCGUGGCUGCUGUCACCGCCGCCCUGCUCGCGCACCUGCUGCUGCUCUCCAACGCCCUGCACGGCACCUACCUGGAUGCCCAGGGCCAGGAGCAGCCCGUGGGGAUCCCCCUCCUCGUCCAGCACCUUUUCUUGACUUUCCCCAGGAUUGUCUUCAUGCUGGGGUUUGUCAUCCUGCUCACCCUGGUGCUGGGGGGAUACUGCUCCUUCAGUCUGUAUUUGGCCCUCACCAACCAGACCACCAACGAAUGGUGCAAAUCCCGAAGAUUUGGGGGCUCCCCCCCUGUCCCCUCACAGCCUCAUGACAGACCCCUCGUCUACAGAAACAUUUAUUCCAAAGGGAUCUGGAGGAACUUAAAGGAAAUCUUUAGCCCUCCUACCACAUUGGAAAGGAAGAAGAAAACAUGAA